AUGCAAGCUCAACCACCGCCUCCAGUAGCGGCAGCCAGUAUUUCCUCGGGAACUUUGGCACCAAAAGUCGACCCGAUGACGCAGCAGCUCAGCGAUCUGAAUUUUUAUCUCAGAAAUUUAUCGUUAGGGAAAAAUAACGAUGUGUCUCAGAUUGAAAGUUUCAGUGGUGGACCAGGUUAUGAAAUGUUUGUCGCAGUAGUAACAAGUGUAGGAGUGCAGUAUAGUUGGUCAGAGGCACAAAUUGUGAGAACUAUCGAGAUCAAGCUCAAGGAUAAAGCGAGACAGUAUUAUACUGCAUUAUUACCGCAAGAAAGACCGAAAACUCUGGAUGACAUGAACGAGUGGUUCAGGAAGGUGUUCGGUAGGAAACUAACGAUAAAUGCCGAAAAACGUGAGUUAGAACGUAGCGUGAGGAAUCCAGGAGAACCUCUAGGAGAAUUCGCACAGCGAUUGAAGAUUAUUGCUAAUAAGAUGUUUUCAGUGAACCGAUUGACAACCCAGGAGAAACUCGUACACCGUAAUUUAUUAUUAGUCAAUCAGUUUAUAGAAGGAUUGGACACUCGACUGGCUGAUGAAGUUCUUCGUUCAGGAGAGUUUUAUGAGUUAGACGCCUGUUUAGAAGUGGCGGAAGAAUGUAAAGAAGUUGUGACAAGAAUGAUACCGGAAACUCGAUAUGAUGGCAUGAUGAACUCCGUUCGAAGAAUAGAAAGUUCAGAGGAAGCAACUUCUUCAACCAUUUUUCAAGGAGGAAAUGCAAGUCAAGGGCGAGGACGAAAUUUUCGAGGACGAGUCAGUGGAGCUGACUCAACUGUCCUUGCUGAGAGUGAAGCCAUGCCUCGACCCAAGGAAUGCCAAGGAGACUACGAGAAGGAAGAUCCAGCUCAUCCAGAAGCGACAAUACGUGGGAGUCCAGGUCUACACUUGCCUCGUCGUGGUGCAGCAGUUCAUCCAGUACUGCGGAAUGCACUCCCAUACCAGCAGCGUCGCAGGAGGCCUAGGAAAGAGAGCCACCACCAAGAAUCACCUGUAAAGUACCAGAACAGGUCUCUAUUCCGAUUACCGGUGACCCACAUCCUGAGAGAACAUGGUACUGAAAUAGAUUGUCAGCCACUGUUGCCUCCUAGUUUCAGAAUCGAGGGUAAAUGGGUAGAAUUGACACCUGCAUUGAGGAAAGCCGAUCCAGCUAUCGAACUGGAUGCUAACACCGAGGACGAAAUCGUGAAGUUGGCCAGGAUAUCACCUAUCACGUCGGAUGGUAUCUAUACCCGGGAAGAUAUGGAAAAGUUUCAACGCACGCUCAUGUUCCCGAACGACAGAAAAGCCGUCACGAACGAAGUCGCGCGUCGCGUAACAGGAAGAGGUAUAGGUACGGACAAUUAUGAUAUGCCAACCCUUCAGUGA